AUGGCAUCAAUUUUUGCCUCUGUGGCUUAUCCAAAUGCUGUUCUUGUGCUCCUUUCAGUUAAAUGUCCAGUCAUUGACAUCCCCAAUGGUGUGGUAGUGAACCAUGUUAAGGGUUCUCCACGUGAGGUUGUGUUUAACACCGUAGUUCAGAUCACCUGCAUUCGUGGAUUCAAACUGAAUGGAGCAAAUCAACUCCACUGUGGAGCAGAUGGUUCAUGGAUGCCAAAUGUUCCUACCUGUGAGCGAGUGAAAUGUCCCAUCACCGAGGUCCCAAAUGGCAUUGUAGGCAGCAAUGUUAAGGGUUCUCCACAUGAGGUUGUGUUUGGCACUGUUGUUCUGAUCACCUGCAUUCGUGGAUUCAAACUGAAUGGAGCAAAUCAACUCCGCUGUGGAGCAGAUGGUUUCUGGACACCAAACGUUCCCACCUGUGAGCCAGUGAAAUGUCCAGUCAUUGACAUUCCCAAUGGUACAGCAGCCAAGAACAAUGCUAGGGGUUCUCCACGUGAGGUUGUGUUUAACACCGUUGUUCAGAUCACCUGCUCUCCUGGAUUCAAACUGAUUGGAGCACAGGAACUCCGCUGUGGAGCAGAUGGUUCAUGGACACCAGCCGUUCCCACCUGUGAGCCAAUGAAAUGUCCAGUCAUUGACCUUCCCAAUGGUCAGGCAUCCCCAAGUGAGGGUGUGUUUGACACCAUUGUUCAGAUCACCUGCUCUCCUGGAUUCAAACUGAUUGGAGUUCAGGAACUCCGCUGUGGAGCAGAUGGUUCCUGGACACCAGCCGUUCCCACUUGUGAGCCAGUGACCUGUCCAGUCAUUGACAUAAUCAAUGGUCAGGCAUCCCCACAAGAGGUUGUGUUUGACACCGUUGUUCAGAUCACCUGCUCUCCUGGAUUCAAACUUAUUGGAGUACAGGAACUCCGCUGUGGAGCAGAUGGUUCCUGGACACCAGCCAUUCCCAACUGUGAGCCAGUGAGAUGUUCAGACAUCGAAAUGCCAAAUGGUCAGGCAUCCCCAAGUGAGGGUGUGUUUGACACUGUUGUGCAGAUCACCUGCUCUCCUGGAUUCAAACUGAUUGGAGCACAGGAACUCCGCUGUGGAGCAGAUGGUUCCUGGACACCAGCCGUUCCCACCUGUGAGCCAGUGACCUGUCCAGUCAUUGACAUAAUCAAUGGUCAGUCAUCCCCAAGUGAGGGUGUGUUUGACACCGUUGUUCAGAUCACCUGCUCUCCUGGAUUCAAACUGAUUGGAGCACAGGAUCUCCGCUGUGGAGCAGAUGGUUCUUGGACUCCAGCCGUUCCCACCUGUGAGCCAGUGGCAUGUCCAGUCAUUGACAUAAUCAAUGGUCAGUCAUCCCCAAGUGAGGGUGUGUUUGACACCGUUGUUCAGAUCACCUGCUCUCCUGGAUUCAAACUGAUUGGAGUACAGGAGCUCCGCUGUGGAGCAGAUGGUUCCUGGACACCAGCCAGUCCCACCUGUGAGCCAAUGACCUGUCCAGCCAUUGAUGUCACCAAUGGUCAGGUAUCCCCACAAGAGGUUGUGUUUGACUCCGUUGUUCAUAUUACCUGCUCCCCUGGAUUCAACCUGAUUGGAACACAGGAACUCCGCUGUGGAGCAGAUGGUUCCUGGACACCAGCCAUUCCCACCUGUGAGCCAGUGACCUGUCCAGUCGUUGACAUUCUAAAUGGUCAGUCAUCCCCAAGUGAGGGUGUGUUUGACACCGUUGUUCAGAUCACCUGCUCUCCUGGAUUCAAACUGAAUGGAGCACAGGAACUCCGCUGUGGAGCAGAUGGUUCCUGGACACCAGCCAUUCCCACCUGUGAGCCAGUGACCUGUCCAGUCGUUGACAUUCCAAAUGGUCAGUCAUCCCCAAGUGAGGGUGUGUUUGACACCGUUGUUCAGAUCACCUGCUCUCCUGGAUUCAAAUUGAAUGGAGCACAGGAACUCCGCUGUGGAGCAGAUGGUUCCUGGACACCAGCCAUUCCCACCUGUGAGCCAAUGACCUGUCCAGUCAUUGAUGUCACCAAUGGUCAGGUAUCCCCACAAGAGGUUGUGGUUGACUCCGUUGUUCAGAUCACCUGCUCUCCUGGAUUCAAACUGAAUGGAGCACAGGAGCUCCACUGUGGAGCAGAUGGUUCCUGGACACCAGCCGUUCCCACCUGUGAGCCUGUUACGUGGUCUACAGAGUUUAAUGUGAGCUGUCCAGUCAUUGAGGUCACCAAUGGUCAGGUAUCCUCCCAGGGGUCUGUGUUUAACACCAGUGUUCAGAUCACCUGUUCUCCUGGAUUCCAACUUAAUGGAGCACAGGAACUACUCUGUGGAAUAGAUGGUUCAUGGACCCCGAAUGUUCCCACCUGUGAGCCAACGAAAAUGUGCAGCCCUCUGAGUACGCUACAGAAUGGGCAAUAUGUUCAAGAAGGACAAUUGGUCGGUGACCAAGCCACUGCUGUGUGUAAUGAUGGAUAUGUUUUGAGAGGACACGGUGUCCGUGUGUGUUUGGACAGUGGCUGGAGUGGGACAAACCCGACAUGCGAGGUGAAGUGUCCAGUCAUUGACAUCAAGAAUGGUAUGGUAGUUACCAAUGCUAAGGGAUCCUCACGUGAGGCUGUGUUUAACACCAUGGUUCAGAUCACCUGCUAUUCUGGAUUCAAACGGAAUGGAGCAAAUCAACUCCGCUGUGGACCAGAUGGUUCCUGGACACCAAGUGUUCCUACCUGUGAGCCAGUGACUUGUUCUACACCUGUGGUGGACAAUGGAGUGAUAAAUGGGGAGAAGCCAUCGUACAAACCCAAAGACACUGUGCUCAUCAUGUGCAGGAGGGGCUUUAAUAUGACUGGCUCACCACAAGUCACAUGUGGGCUAGAUGGCAAAUGGAAAGCCUUGCCCAUGGCUCAAACAAAAAUACCAUGUGGUGAACCAAGAAAAUAUCAGGACAAGCUGCUGGACAACCAAAGACCUCUCAAAUCAGUAAUCAGAAACUUGGACAAAGUUGUGUAUAAAUGUGCUCCUGGUUACGCGCAAAUGGGUGGCAGUUCAACAUCGUUCUGUAUUGAUGGACAGUGGACGCCCUUGAACAUGCAAUGUGAACGUAAGAUCUGCAAUACUUCUAGAUUUGAAAUAACUUUGAUCACCUGUUCUCCUGGAUUCAAACUGAAUGGUGCAGAUCUUCUCCGCUGUGGAGAAGAUGGUUCAUGGACACCAAAUAUUCCCACCUGUGAGCCAGUCACAUGUCCAGUCAUUGACAUGCCAAAUGGUCAGGUGUCCUCAAGUGAGGUUGUGUUUGACACUGUUGUUCAGAUCACCUGCUCUCCAGGAUUCAAACUGAAUGGUGAAAAUCAUCUCUGCUGUGGAGCAGAUGGUUUCUGGACACCAAAUGUUCCCACCUGUGAGCCAGUGACGUGUCCAGUCAUUGACGUCCUCAAUGGUCGGGUAUCCCCACAACAGGUUGUGUUUGACACUGUUCAGAUCACCUGCUCUCCUGGAUUCAAACUGAAUGGUGCAGAUCAACUCCGCUGUGAAGCUGAUGGUUCCUGGACACCCAAUGUUCCCACCUGUGAGCCAGUGAAAUGUCCGGUCAUUGACCUCCCCUAUGGCCAGGCAAUCCCAUCAGCUGUUGCGUUUGACACCAGUGUUCAGAUCAACUGCGCUCCUGGAUUCAGGCUGAAUGGCACAAAUCAACUUCGCUGUGGAGCAGAUGGUUCCUGGACCCCAAGUGUUCCCACCUGUGAGCAAGUCAAGUGUCCAGUCAUUGACAUCCCCAAUGGUAUGGUAGUGAACCAUGGUAAGGUUUCAACACAGCCUCACGUGGAGAACACUGUUGUUCAUAUCACAUGCUUUCGUGGAUUCAGGCUGAAAGGAGCAAUUCAUCUCCGCUGUGGAGCAGAUGCUUCCUGGACACCAAAUGUUCCCACCUGUGAGCCAGAGAUGGGCCCUCGUACCAACCCGAAGACACUGUGAUCAUCAUGUGCAGCAGUGGCUUUAAUAUGAUUGGCUCAC